UCCUCCUCUCCGUUGUUCCUUCCAUCCCCAUAUCCAGUUCCAAUGGAUUUUGGCAGGUUAAAAACCCAUACAGGAAAUGGGAUUCCAUUAGAACCUUGCGUAUCCGCAGAUGAGCUUCAAGAUUUUCAGCAUUUCGACGAUGCUUUUUAUCAUGUCCCGACAGUAAUGGUGGACGCGUACCCUUCCGGCUUCGACUUCAAGGCCUUGUCAUCACCGCCAGUCGGCCUCCAGAUCGGGAUGCCUGUUGACGACUUCGGUCUAUCAUCAGGCUAUUCGCAGAGAAGCCUAAGCGGCCGCAUGGGGCCGGAUCCCAGCCUGUCCUCCAUGGUUCUUAGCGCCGAGCCUCUCAUGGCCUUCGGCCCUCCCGAUGAGCUCUCCUUCGUGGCAGGCGAUAACAAAUCUUGCAGGGGAGGAGUUGAGAUGAACAGGAAGUGCACACCUGUGAAGAAAGGCAGCGGGGCCAAAAGUCACAAGAAGCCGAAUUUAGUGAAGGGGCAAUGGACCCUAGAAGAGGACAGAUUGUUAGUGAAAUUGGUAGAGCAAUAUGGAUUGAGGAAGUGGUCGCACAUAGCUCAAAUGUUGCGUGGGAGAAUAGGAAAGCAAUGCAGAGAACGAUGGCAUAAUCAUUUGAGGCCUAACAUCAAGAAGGAUACUUGGAGUGAAGAGGAGGACAGAAUUCUGAUCCAAGCCCACUCAGAAGUAGGGAACAAGUGGGCAGAAAUCGCUAAGAGGCUGCCUGGGAGGACCGAGAACUCCAUCAAGAACCAUUGGAACGCAACCAAACGGAGGCAGUUCUCCCGAAGGCGGUGCCGCAACUCCAAGUACCCCAAAUCAGGCUCCCUCCUGCAGAACUACAUCAAAAGCUUGUCUCUGCAAGGAUAUUCAGCACCAACAAUACCAGGAGCAUCUGUUGCAGCCACCAAUGCGCCGGCAGACAAACACCUCAAGAUCAUAGAAACCAAUGAUGGUGGCUCAGAGGCAUCAAUGACCCUGACAUGCAUAUCUGCAGAAGGUGGUCCGCCCAUAGUCGUGGGUGCAGAUGUCUGCGGAGGCAUCGAUGACAUCCUGACCUGCGACUUCAGUGACAUGGCUAACCUUCUGCUUGACGAUAACAAGGUUGAUGUGCCACCUGAGAGAUAUAUGGGAUACCUCUUUGACCAGCUGGGGUGCAGUAGUCCAGGGAUGAAGGGCUGGUUUGACGUGGAGAUGGCGUGGGAUGAGAUGGCAAACCCCAUGUCAAUGUCGUUGCCGAUGCCAUGCGAGGUGGAUAUGAAGGUAAAGGUGAAGAAGGAGAUGGACCUGGUGGAGAUGAUCGCUCAAAACAACAAUGCCGAUAGCACCAGCAGUAGCAGCAGCAGUACCUGUGACCAGUUCUGAAACCGUCCAUGAGGAUUACGGUUAGCUAAAUUGGAGAGAAGUCCUUUUCCAUUAUGCAUGCUUCCAAGAAUCUGCAUAUAUGAUCAGUUGGGAUGAAGUAUUUAUAUUAUAUAAUCUUAGGAGGAUCAAACGAACUUAAUUAGCAGAAAAAGAAAGAACAAGCAUUAGAAUAAUAAUAACUGCGCCACCACAGUGACGUACAAAUAAGAGAUGUAAGAAUGUCACUUCGUUUUCCUUCUGUUUCAGGUUAUAAAACUUGCUCU